CUUAGCAUUAAAUCGAAAUAGUGUCAUGUUGUGCCAUGUCUCUUUUGACAUUUAGCAUUUUGUCAAAAAAGUGCAUUUUGAUGAAAAUUGAUUCUACCACAAUUAAAAUAAAUGUCGUCCACUAAUUUACCCACCGUCAAAAAUGUUAUAAUCAUAAGAGGUUUUGAUAAAAUUUCUGUGACUCCGGAUAUCUAUAACAGAUACCAAUCAAUAUAUCAAAGGGAUAUUAAACCAGAUUUGAGCUUAGAUUUCGAUAACGAAAUCGAAAAUUUGGAAAAUGAAAAAAGUAGUCAUACGAUUUAUAAACCUAAAUCAACCAUUCCCCUUCCAACUGACUAUCCCAUAGAUAUCCCGAAAGGAUUGACGAGAAAAAAUUGUGAGGUAUAUCAAAAUCAUGAAGAAUUUAGCAAAAGAUUUGUAGAUGAAAUACUUGAUACUGCAGUAGAUACUGUUGUCAAAAAGUAUAAGAGAGCUGUCGUCACUGAUUACAAAAUGUCCACCGCUAGUCAAAAAAUAUUUAUAUGGCCGACUAUAGCAGAGUUCGAUAGAAAAAAAACAGGUUUACGAAUCGUGGAUUGGAUUGACUCGACCUCGGUUGUCGAAGAAAAAUGGGUUUAUUCAAUGAUAAUGUUAUCAUCGGAAAGUAAUCACGUUAGCGACAUCUAUAAAUACGAAGCUAAAUUCUCACUACCAACGCGUUGUUAUCCAAUAGCUCAAGCGACUGCUAGCGUCUUUUUCGAAUGCGACGUUUCUAAAGUAAAACCUCCAUAUUGUAACGUUGAAGUGACAUUUCAACUCGAAUCAUUCAGUACGAAAUUCAAUCCUAACAGGCACAUCAUUACGGACGCUUUGCUUUUCAGAGUUAUUGACGCCAAAAUAAAUAUAUUCAAAACAUUUUAUUUUUAAUAUA